GAGGGGUGUCGUGGAUACAUGGAUGCAUGACCCUGCUGCUCCCAGUCCCAGUCGCGCUUGCGCAGCGUUUCUGACUUUCCCACUCUGUCCCCCGUACCAUGGCGUCCACGGAAGAGGACGGCUCGGUUGAAGAGAAGGAAAACAACAACAAGAAGAGGACGAAAAGUGCCAUCGCUGUCGCAUGGCUUACAUUUUACAACAUCGCCAUGACGGCCGGGUGGCUGGUUUUGGCUAUGGCAAUGAUGCGCUUCUACAUCCAGAAAGGCACACACAAGGGUCUGUACAAAAGUAUAGCAAGGACACUCAAGUUUUUCCAGACCAUUGCGCUAGUUGAGGUGGUGCAUUGUGCAAUCGGAAUCGUGAGGACCUCUGUAAUUGUGACUGGGGUUCAAGUAUGUUCACGAAUCUUCAUGGUGUGGUUCAUCACCAACAGCAUCAAACAGAUCCAGAACGAAGAAAGUGUAAUCCUCUUCUUGGCCGUUUGGACGUUUACAGAGAUUACCAGAUAUUCCUUCUAUACAUUCAAUCUGCUCAACCACCUGCCAUACUUCAUCAAAUGGGCCAGAUACAACAUGUUUAUCAUCAUGUACCCUCUCGGAGUGGCCGGAGAACUCCUGACUAUUUACACUGCUCUGCCAUAUGUUCGCAAAACCGGGAUGUUGUCCAUGAGGCUCCCCAACAAGUAUAACGUCUCCUUUGACUACUACUACUUCCUCGUUAUCGUCAUGCUCUCCUAUAUCCCAUUGUUCCCACAGCUCUACUUCCACAUGCUCCGUCAGAGGAGAAAGGUGCUUCUUGGGGAGAUCAUAGUAGAGAAGGAUGAGUAGAACCGCCUCACAGUCCAGCAGCUGGCGUUCGUUUUGGGACAGCGAGUCAGCAGAGCUCCCCUGCCGCCACAUCCAUUCACCUUUGGUACCGCGCUCCACCGCACUCCACAUGCAACAAAAUGGACCGGGAGAGUCGGACGAAUACUAACAUCGCCGGAAUAGCCAUGUUAUAAUCACGGAAAAAGAAUGAAACAUCACAGUCACCACAAUAACCCAACUGGACUAAAUACAGUGCUGCAAGAGAAAUCAUAACCCAACAGGAAUAACAGUCAUCAGAAUCGUCACUGAAUCAGUCAUCAGCAAACUCAUCAAUCAACGAGAGGAAUCAUUACAGAACUGGAAUAGUCAUCAUUGUGGAACGAAUGAAUAAAUAUAAUCUCUAGCCCGGAAUCAUUAUCAUCGCAAAACUGGAACGUACUGCUGCCACUGUGUCUUCACUGUCCAGGUUUAGAUAUCUAGAUCCCCAGAAAGACAACGCACCGAAUCCAUCAGCCAGUGUGGCCACAGCAUACUGCACUGAAACCCUGCAACCUGAUAGCAUAAUACUGCACUGAAACCCUGCAACCUGAUCGCAUAAUACUGCACUGAAACCCUGCAACCUGAUAGCAUAAUACUGCACUGAAACCCUGCAACCUGAUAGCAUAAUACUGCACUGAAACCCUGCAACCUGAUAGCAUAAUACUGCACUGAAACCCUGCAACCUGAUAGCAUAAUACUGCACUGAUUACCUUCUAUGCCUGCUAAAAAAAAAAAAAAUACUGGAAGGCGCCUGCUGUGCAUUGAGUCAACCACACAGCAGACACAUACUGCACCCACCUUCAGUGCAAGAUAGUAGAAGUUCAAGGGAACCUGGAAAUGGUGAUAUGGAAGGAUGGAGGAGGAGAGAUGAUAGUUGAGUCCCCUGAGCAUUUUUUUUUUUCAAUCGGCUAUUUAUUUUUGUAGAAAUUUAUAAGCGUUUUCCACCACAGUGAUUUUAUACGUAAAUAGCGUGUGGCAACAAUGACGAGACAGAAGAUUAAAAAAAAAUAGAAACAAUUAUGCAUAGACGUAUUAUACCUCGACAAUAAACAGACAUUUGCGCAA